UAAAGGUGCCCGUGAUGGCCUUCACCAUCGGACCUACGCCGGACUACGACCGAUUCAAAGGCCUAAAAGCCUUCGACAAAACAAAGGCCGGCGUCAAAGGCCUCGUGGACGCCGGCAUUGAGAAGAUCCCGAUAAUAUUCGUCCGACCCGCCGACAAACUCGCCCGCGAUUACCCAAUUUCCGACGCCCACCUCAUGAUUCCGGUCAUAGACCUUGGGUUGCCCACUCCUCGGCGAUCCACAGUCGUCCAGGCUGUCCGGCGGGCUUCGGAGACGCUGGGAUUCUUCCAGGCGGUGAACCACGGCAUGCCCACCAGCGUGCUGGUGAAGAUGCUCAUGGCAGCUCGUGGUAGCCACAAGGAAUACCUCUCGCAUUAUGUUUGUAAGGUGGAAUCAGAGCUGACUCUUAGAGAAAGCGAUCUGAUCAAGGUAGGAAGUGGCGCCAGGGUGCGAGGGCUUGAACAAGGAGCUGCUCCUGGCAAGCUUCUAAGAUGUGUGUCAUUGAAACGCAGAGAUGUAACAAUGGAGUAUUCAAAGCAAAUAAAGAGAUUAGUGUCAAGUUUGUUUGAAUUACUAUCUGAAGCACUUGGGCUCAGAGCUGACUGCCUUACCAGCUUGGAUUGUGCAAAGGGCCAUGCAAUCCUGUCUCACUAUUACCCAGCAUGCCCAGAACCUGAACUCGCCAUGGGCACAAGCAAACACUGCGAUCCUGAUUUUCUGACCAUCUUACUUCAAGAUGACAUUGGUGGACUCCAAAUCCUCCAUGAAAACCGGUGGACCAGUGUUCCUCCUGUUCCCGGCGGUUUGGUUGUAAACAUCGGGGAUCUCUUACAGCUUAUGUCUAAUGACAAGUUCAUGAGCGUUGAGCACAGGGUACCGGCAAACCAUGUAGGACCGAGAGUUUCUGUGGCAUGUUUCUUCACCCCACAUCUUUACCCAUCGACAAGGAUGUAUGGCCCCAUCAAGGACUUGUUGUCCGAAGAUAAUCCGUCCAUAUAUAGGGAAACAUCGGUGAAGGAUUUCAUUUCAUAUUAUGAUUCAAAAGGGCUUGAUGGGAACUCUGCUCUGACCUAUUUCAAGUUGUCAAGGAUUAACAUGCAAGGCAAAGCAUUGAGUGCAAAGAAAUGAAGACACUCACUCUCACAGCUUGAGAUGUUCGCGUGAUGAGGUUCCAAGCUCUUCGGCAUAGUAGCGAGUCAGGAAAUCUUUGAUGGUGGU